GCACAAUAAGUCAUGCAGGUCAACACGUGUCUGUCUAACUUCUGCUUUCCCGACGUCAACGUUGUGAUGGUUCUUUCAACAUCAGUGGAUGACAAACGCUUGAAGACAACAAGAAGACUGAUUCGGUGAUGGACGAUCUGGAUCUGAUGACCUUGCCCCCCUCUGAGGAACAGACGCAUGGUGACUUGCUCACUUCCACCGUCUACUACGAUUAUCCUGAAAUGUGGUGCAACAUGGAAUCCCUGAGAGACUUCCGGCGCAUCAGCGAGCCGCCGCUCUUUUGGACAAUAGCGGUGGUGGGUGGCGUGGGAAACCUCACAGUUCUGUGGAUCUACCUCAUUCUGCGAAGGCGGUUGAAGACCAUGACGGAUGUUUACCUGCUGAACCUGGCAGUGGCCGACCUGCUCUUCCUGGUCACGCUGCCGCUGUGGGCGGCCGAGGCUGCAGGUAGCUGGACAUUCGGCUCCACUGUGUGUAAGGUCAACUCCGCCCUCUACAAGGUCAACCUGUUCAGUGGUAUGCUCCUGCUCACUUGCAUCAGUGUGGACCGCUACAUUGUCAUUGUUCAGACCACCGUGGCCCAUAACUCUCGGGCAGAGCGCCGGCGCGGCAGCCGGCUGGUGUGUGGCGCUGUGUGGCUGGUGUCUCUGCUGCUUGCAAUGCCAGAGCUCAUUUUCGCCGCCUCGCACACGCCGGACGACGGCUCCCCAGAGGUCUGUCGAAUGGUGUUUCCGGCAGAGCUGGGCACCCAAACCAAGAUGCUGGUUCUAUUGCUGCAGGUGACGAUGGGCUUCUGUCUGCCCUUCGCAGUCAUGACCGUCUGCUACAGCAAAGUUGUCACCACGCUCCUCAAAACUCGUAACUUCCAGAAGCACAAGGCCAUGCGGGUCAUCUUGGCAGUCGUGGCAGCCUUCUUGUUGACACAGCUGCCGUACAAUGGAGCCCUGAUAUAUGAAGCAGCACAGGCUGGAGGCGCCGCGGUUGCCGACUGCGAGCAGCUGAAGCUGUGGUCCAAAGCCCAGCAGAUACUCAAGGGUUUAGCUUACACCCACGCCUGCUUGAAUCCCAUCCUCUACACCUUCAUUGGCGUUCGCUUCCGUAGCGACUUCCUGCAGCUACUCCGCUGCUGCAGGGCCACUAAGGUUCCAGGGAGCACGAAGAGCAAGUCCAGCAAGAGCUCAAGGACACCCGCCCUGUCUGACAGUGACACUUCUCAAGCGCUGUCCCUGUGAGUCAGCUGCACCCUUCACCAGUCUCUCGCUCCUCGCUUCUCUGCCGCCUGAGUGACAUGCAAGAGCAACACGCUAAAGAGCCAACUGGCACCAACUUGCUUCUAAGACCUCUGUGUUUGCAGUUGAAGAAGCAGAUUUAU